AAUACUACCGUCAUCUUGCUGUAUUUUUUCUUGUCUUUUAGUAAUGCUGAGGAGGAAUUUUCGUAUUUUAAUUUACCGAAGAGGGCGCGCCUUUUAUACCAAAGCAAGAAGCGCGGAAUUUUGGAGAAUGACCUCAUCCUCGGCUGCUUUUUCGAGAAGUUCGGAGCGAAACUCACUGAAGAAGAGCUGAAUACGUAUGAUAGACUGAUAAACAGUGGGGAGACCGAGUGGGACCUUUACUAUUGGAUCACUGGCUCUAAACAAACGCCAGAAGAAUAUCAAACGGGUAUAAUGGAGAAGCUAAGCAAAUUUGUCCGUAGUCAUUGCGUCUGCAAAAUAAAUAAAUAG